AUGAAGUCCUUCGCCCUCCCCAUGGCCCUUCUGGCCUCCGUCGGCCUCGCCGGCGCCCAGGUCUCUGUCAGCCAGUGUGCUAACAUGUGCCUGAGCAACAUGCUCGCCAAGGCCGACACGCUUGGCUGUGACAAGGGUGACCUCUCCUGCCUCUGCGAAAGCGAGAACUACCGCUUCGGUAUCCGCGACUGCACUUCUCAGGCCUGCCCUGACGAUGAUGCUGCUGCUGUUGUCCGCUCGGCUCUUGACAAGUGCCCUGAGGGCUCUGCCGCCAAUGGUGGCUCCGGCUCUGGCUCUGGCUCUGACUCUGACUCUGACUCUGAGCCCACUAGCACCUCUGGCUCCGGCUCUGACUCUGACUCCACUGGAGGUGCCGGCGCUACCUCCACCAGCGGCUCUGACAGCGACAGCACCAGCACCGGCGGUGCUGGCGGUGCCUCUGGCUCCCCCACUCCCACCGGAUCCUCUGGUGCUUCUUCCACCCCUGCUAGCAGCACCCUCGGCACCUCGGCCUCCACCUCUGGUGCUGACUCCACCUCCACUUCGUCUGGCAGCGACUCCUCUUCUACUGGCGGCAGCGACAGUGGAAACGGUGGCAACGGCGAUGACAGCGGCAGUGGCAGCGGCGGUAACGGUGGUGACAGCGGCGAGGGCAGCGGCGAGGGCAGCGACUCUGAUGCUGGCACUGGUGCUGCUACCCGCAUGGCCGUCUCCAGCGGUGCCCUUGGUGCCCUCGGUCUUGCCGCCAUCCUCGUCCUGUAA